AGUGGAAAGUAGGGGCCGCAGCCCAGGGUCAGGCUGCUCUAGGGGAACCCGGCUGUGACCCCGGGGCCGCCUCUCUGACCCCCUGCCCACCCUACCCCCCUGGAAUCCUGAGAGGUGGGCAGAGCUCGACCUCACCUGUUGCCCUGGUAACCGGCGACAGAACGCUGCAGGCCGCGGUCACUUUCCGGGUGGGUGGCCCCUGGUCUGCCCAGGCCAGACCCCGCCCACCAUGCAGCACCCCAAACCCUUCACACCUGUGGCUUCCCAGGAUGGCUUCAGCCCCCAGGGCCUGGAGGGCCCCACAGGCCUGGGCGGCUGCCCCGUGCUCACAGCCGCCGACCCCCUGCCCACCGUGGCCUCUGCGAACCUGCUCUGCCAACCCCCAAACCCGGAGAAAGAUGUGUUUCCAGUGCCCCCGGCAGGCUUCCAGAUGGCCCCCUGCGGGUGUUUCUUCGACCCCCGCAUCUACCGCAUCGAGUGGGCCACCACCGACUUCGGCCAGGCCUUGUACAAGCUGGCGGUGGCCGGGACCCCCAGCCCCCCGGGCAGCUACCUCCUGGAGCCCCAGGCCUACGCCAAGGCCCCGGGGCCACCCCCAUACCCCCACUACCAGCCUGGAGGGCCCCCAUACCUGAUGCCCUACUACCCGCCAGAAGGGCCCGGCCGUGAGGCUGUGGGCUUCCUGAGGGAUGGGGGGCCCCCCAGCUUUGUGGAGCGGCCCCCACUGCUGCUCAAGGAGGGCCGGGCCGCCCUGCCGCCCGCCAAAGAUGCCAAGCUGCCCUCGAUGCUGCUCGCUGUGCCUGCCGAGGCCCCGCCGCCCCCUCCCAGCGCCUACGGCCACCUCCAAGACCACCAAGGCCAGGUCCCCGGGCCCCAGGCAGCCGGGCAGCCUGCAGAGCCCCUGGCAUUUGCCACCAAGGAGCCGCAGGAUGGUACCGGGGCCGAGCCGGGCCUGUCCCACCCGCAGGCCGCCUGUGAGCCCCAAGCCCCCGAGGCCGCCACCCCAUCGGGGAUAGGCGAGGUCCCCACAUGCGAGGCAGCCCGGCCAUCAGCGCUGCCGGACGAGGUGCUCCUGGAGGACGCCAUGCGUCUGUUCGACUGCCUGCCGGGCCGCGCCGAGCCCCGGGGGGCCGUACCCCACAAGAGGCCCCCCAGACCGCGCCUCCUGGAUGGGGGCAGCGGGGCCGAUGAGUCCUCGUCGUUGUCGUCCUCCUCCUCGUCCUCCUGCUCGGCCAGUGACAUCCGCUCGCUGCAUCUCCCCGAGGACCUGCUGUCCUUCGACUACAGUGUCCCCGAGAUCCUGGACGCCGUGUCCAACGUGGACUACCUGUUCAACUUCAGGGCGCUCGACGAGGAGCCGCCCGCCCACCCGGGGUCCCCCGCAGCCCAGCCCGCCGGCCCUGCGCCUCAGGCCGACACGCGGGGGAAGAAGAGGGCCACCUCCUCGGCCAGGAAGGGCAAGGCGGGCGUCAAGGCCAAGCAGGCUGCCCCCGCAGCCAGGCGGGACCUGGGCCCUGCCCCCCAGUAAAGCCCAUUUAGUUUCUCA